AACAACAACAACAACAACUUUUACAACCAACCGAAAAAAAGCGAAAUCGCUGAAGGCAAAUGUAGAGUCAAGACGAUAAGGAGACAAACAAGCUGUUUGAAUCACGAGUCAAACUCCUGUCCUGCGUUGUUUCGUUGUAAUUAUUAAAUUGACUGACUUAUCGGCUGCCGACUUAUCUUCAAUCAGUUCAGCAAGUUCAGGUGGCUCCUUCAGUCACUGUGAGUGUGAACGGACUGACCCCAUCCGCCCCCGCCAGCGGCCAGGCCAAGGAAAGGCGGCCCAAUCACGUCUCCGACAUCUCUUUGGAGACUUUGAUAGGGACUUGAGAGUCUUGAGACGGUAGUUGCUCAGUAGUUUAUUGAAAAAUGGCUAUCCUCACACGUUGUUGCUGUUUUACUCUUCGCAAUGGCUCCAUUGCUGCAGCUAUUUAUUCUUUGAUUCAAUCAGCAUUAGCUCUUGGAAUAUCAUCAUUUAAGAUUCACAUGUAUGUAAUACACCAUGUGAUACAUGAAAUGCCAGAAAAAGAGCGUGCCCUGUUCAUUGCUACAUGUGUUGAUGUUGGAUUCUUCUCACUUCUCUUCUUCUUCUCAAUCAUUUUACUUUAUGGAAUCAAGAAUAACAAACGAUUCCUGUUCCUGCCAUACAUUGUGUGUAUGACAGUGCUGAUUAUCUUAAUGUGUGUGAUAAUCCUACUGCUAGUUGUGGUUAUUGUAACCUCAAUGGAGUCGGAAGUAUUGGGACUUCUCAUUGUCUCAUUCUUUACUGGAUUGAAUCUUUACUGUGUGUUAUGUGUUACAUCACUGUAUCGGGAAUUCAAGGAGGGUCGGUAUGGAAUGAGAGCUAUCUACCGGGCCCAGGGAGGCAGACUUUCUAACACUGACAACCCGAUUGAGAAAGUGGAUGACAUCAAUAACUUUGAGAAUGCCAACUUCAUUCCUCAGUACCCUGGUCCACCUGCCCCUAGUGAUAACAGUGUCACCCCUCCACCACCUGUACCUGAUCCCGUACCCUACUCUGCUCCCAUGAUGGGGGCACCUCCUCCUUAUCAACCUCCUGCAUACCCUGCUGAGAACUACCCAAAGACAGAUGUCCAGACCGCUUGACCGCUUGUCCUGGGUGAAACUCCACGAUGAUGAUGCUGGUUUGUAGAAGAUGAUUAUUGCACUUUGCAGCAGAAGAAAGGUGUUCUACUGUAUUAUGCACCUUCUUGUGAAUGUUGUUACAUCUUGCCAAUUCGUAUUGACUUUUGUCUUUUUUUUGGGGGGGGGGGUUAGGGGGGCUCCCUAAUAUUUCUUUAUUUCACAUAGACAACAAGGAAGAUAAUGCUAUUCAAAGUUUGAUGUGUGGCAGGCAAAGUUUUGAAAAAUAAGUGGCUAUAACAAGCUGCGUAGAUGAUUCUUCCUUCAACCACCUGCCUUCUCGAUCAACAGGGUUAUCAUUGCUAACUUGCAGAAUUAUGACAUGAAAGUGAAACAGUGUCAGUGAGAUACUGCCAUUUAACCUCUUAAAUCAGUUGUCUUUGUAGAGCUAUUUCUAAUAUUUAAAAAAAUCUGUUUACGGGUCAUGUGAUCAAAAUAAUUUAUGUCAUGUAAUUAAAUCAUGCCAAUAUAUCAACUCAUACUACGGUUUCAUGAUGGGAUACAUGUACAAGAAUAGAUAAUGUAAUGUUAAUCAAAUAUAUUUUUACAAAAUUAUAAAAGGAGAAAUUAUUGUGCUUAUGAUUGAUAGUAUUCUGCAUGUGUAUAUAUUGCCUGUUUGUGACCAACUCUAAAAAUGUAUGCCUGUGCACAUAAUGAUGUGUACUGAUAGUAGAACCUGUGAUUAAUGCAAGGUUUAUGUGUUAUUCACUUUGUUUUGCCUCUGCCAUCACUUUUUAUUGCAAUGGUCUUGAAUGCUUAAAUACAAAAGAAAUAGUGAGUGGAUGGCGUCACCAGUUGCUUUGUUGUAGUGUAAUGAUUAUACGAAACCUGACAUGCCUUAAACAUGAAAUUAUACCACCAAUCAAAAUCACAUUCCUAGAGUUAGAAGUUAUUGGCAUAGUAUGGCAACUAAUACAUGUUCCUCGCUGUUCCAUUGCUCUGUUCUUAUUUUAUACAUAAGACUGUCUUUUGAAGUUUAUAAGCUGUUUGUGAAACCAAGUUUAAUCCCUUGAUGAUUGUAACAUGGUGGUCCCUGUUUAAAGAUAGUGGGGAUAAUUGAAUGACAGACAGUCAAUUUGUCAUUAAGUAUUUUUUUACUGAACCAUUUCUUGUAUUGUGUACAUUCUCUCCUUUGAUAAUAUGUAUAAAGACAUAUACACCAGAAAUAUUAAUAGUGCAAUAUAAAGUUUAUAUAUUUUUGUCUUGCCUGCAUAGCAGAGCGAGAUUAUAGGCGCUGUUUUUCCGAUGGCGGCAGUGUCAACAUUGAAAUCUUAAUCAAGGUUAACUUUUUGAAAUGUCAUAACUUUUUAUACCUAGUUCAUAAAACUACGGCAUAAGGGUAAUCAAGUAUUACUAAACAUUUUGCCUGAGUUUAAGGUCACAUGACCAAGAUCAAAGGUCAUUAAGGGUCAAUGAACUUAGACCACAUUCUUGGAAUCAAUUGAAAUCGUAACCAAGGUUAAGUUUUUGAAAUGUUGUCAUAACUUAGAAAGUCUAUGGACCUAGUUAUUGAAACUUGGACAUAGGGGUAAUCAAGUAUUACUGAACAUCCUGCCUGAGUUUCAGGCCACAUAACCAAGGUCAAAGGUCACAUAGGGUCAAUGAACUUUGGCCAUGUUAGGGGUAUUUGUGGAAUUGUCAUCAUAACUGAGUUCAUGAAACUUGGACAUAAGAGCAAUUCCCGAAAAUCCUGUGCAAGUUUCAGGUCAUAUGACCAAGGUCAAAGGUCAUUUAGGGUCAACAAACUUUGGUAAUGUUGGGAGUAUUUGUGGAAUUGUCAUCAUAACUUUGUAAGUUUAUGGAUCUAGUUCAUGAAACUUGGACAUAACAUCUGCUUUCAUCCGAACCUUCGUACCAGUCAAUUUUGGUCAAAAAUCGAUUCGGUCAGCAUUGUUGUAUCCCCUAUGGCUUUUUUGUACAGGGAAAAUCCAAACCGCUCAAACCAAAAUUACAAUCAUGUAGCUCUUUUUGUGAUAUUUUCUCUGAUCCUUGGCUUUGUGUAAAGAUAAAGAAACCAAUGUCAAGCGACUGUCUUGGUCUUUCCAACUAUGUGUUUCUAGCAAUGAAUAUGUUGUAAGGCAGGGGAACUAAGUGUGAAAAUUACAGUAAACUUUGAAUUCAAUUUUCUUUGAAAUGGGUUUGCACCGUCAUAUGUUUGAUAUGACGGUUCGGAUGGCCGUCAAUGAUAAGAGCAACCAUGUAUCCCUGAACAUCCUGUGCACGUUUCAGGUCACAUGACCAAGGUCAAAAGUUCAAAUUUUAAGGUCAAUGAGCUUUGGCUGUGUUAGGGGUAUUUGUUGAAUUGGCAUCAUAACUUAGGAAGUUUAUGGAUCUAAUUCAUGAAACAUAGACAUAAGGGUAAUCAAGUAUGAAUGGUUAUUUUGCACACGUCUUAGGUCACAUGAUCAUGGUCAAAGGCCUUUUGGGUCAAUGGACAUAGUAUUUUAUUAUCAUAUGAGUGUUUUCUUUUGUGAAUGAUUAUUCAAUAGCUGUUUUCAAAGUCAGCACUGCUGCUUAAGCCUGCUAUAUCAAAUUGCAUAAUGCAGGUGAGACUCUGCCAGAGGCAUUCCACUUGUUUGAUCAAAAUAAUCAGAAUGCAGAAUGUAAUAUUUGUUAUUUGUCUGUCACAGACAAGAUGGUUCAUUAGUUAUUCGGAAGAGCCUUCAACACCUUGUACAUUACAAAAUUCACUAUUAAGUCUUUAUUGUGCAUUAUGAUAAUCAGUCUAUUAGCUUGAAAGGCAACGAGAUGCACCUAUAAAGUGGAGUCUAUGGUAUAUUUGGCUGAGGGGAAUGAAAGUAUCCACAAAGCAGAAUCAACCCAUAAGAGACAUUUCUGAUCACUUUUAGAGUGGUAUCAGUGUCACUGAAUCUUGUUUGAGUAUGAACAAACAAAUAACAUUGUUCCAAUAUUAUAAAUUGCUGUAUUUGUCACUAUAAGUGUUGAUAUGUGAGAUUGUACAUUAUUUCCAUUAUUUUGGAAAGGAAAGUUUUUUGUGGCUUUGUUUAGCAUUGAAUAGCUUUGAGAAGCACAAAUUUGUAUACCAAUGUAAAAAAAAAAUAGAAUGAAUCUAAAAAUCCUCACAAUAAUGUUCAUGGUGCAUCUAGCAGGAAUAAGUUUCUGAAACGGUAAGAUAUAAAGAGAGAGAAUCAUUUGAUCCUUUAAUGGAGUAAUCCAGUUAAUCAUAUCACAAAAUGUUCCCAAGGCAUGCAGGUUAGAUCAAACUGAUGGUUAAGCAUCUUUGGUUUAGUUUAUUGGCAAAGUGUGGCCAGUGAGAUUUCCCAUUUGUAUACACAUGGCAUAUAUUGGUUUGUUCUGUGCCUUCCAAACUUCAGCCAUUUAUAUGUGCUCAAUAUGAACUGGCAAUUUGAUCUUCUCUUAGUUGGAAAGUCUUCAUGGGUUAGAGGUAUUUGAUUUAAGUUUUAAAUAUGUUUGAAUACAUACAAUUACUAAUGAGAUUUUGUUCCUUCAAUUAAAAUGUCCAAUUUUUUGCUUUAUAUUACUUUUUUAUAUUAUUUUCACAGUUGGUCUUGCCACCAGAAAUUGCUCUUUUAUUUUUAUAGUACUUGCCAUGAAUUUCAAGAAAAUAUCCCCUGAAGUUUGAAACAAUUUUCAUGCCAGAAACUUCCCCAUCUUUUGGUCAGCAAGUCUGGUAAAUUAAAAAUAUUAUGACAUUUUUAUUUUAAUUUUUAAUUUCCAUUUGCAUAUGCUUAGCUAUUGUCAUCAAGCUCAAAUUUGUAUAUAAUUCAUUGCAUAAAAUGCAUGUAUUCUUGAAGAUGACAUGAAUUUCAUAAAUUUCUCUUUUAUUUUGAUAGUACUCGCCAUGAAUUUAAAGAAAAUAACCCCUGAAGUUUAAAACAAUUUUCAUGCCAGAAACUUCCCCAUCUUUUGGUCAGCAAGUCUGGUAAAUUAAAAAUAUUAUGACAUUUUUAUUUUUAAUUUCCAUUUGCAUAUGCUUAGCUAUUGUCAUCAAGCUCAAAUUUGUAUAUAAUUUAUUGCAUAAAAUGCAUGUAUUCUUGAAGAUGACAUGAAUUUCAUAAAUUUCUCUUUUAUUUUGAUAGUACUCGCCAUGAAUUUAAAGAAAAUAACCCCUGAAGUUUAAAACAAUUUUCAUGCCAGAAACUUCCUCAUCUUUUGGUCAGUAAGUCUAGUAAAUUAAAAAUAUAAAAACAUUUUUAUUUUAAUUUCCAUUUGCAUAUGCUUAGUUAUUGUCAUCAAGCUCAAAUUUGUAUAUAAUUUAUUGCAUAAAAUGCAUGUAUUCUUGAAGAUGACAUGAAUUUCAUUUAUACUGUAUAAUACCAUGCUGUCUUUACUUUGAUCAAAGUUUGCUGAGCCAGCAUAAUAUUUGCCAAGCUUUGAAAAACAUAGCAGAUUAUAGCUCAAUUAUGUUUAGAAAGCUUUUAUCUGUAUUGGGUAAAAAGGGCCCUCAUAUUUUUUUUUUACAUAUAGCUGUCUUUUUAUCAUGUGAAUAACAUGCUUCAAUUAAAGAGCACAUAUGUGUCCAUGCCUUUACAUGCA